GAGUUUUUAUGAAGCCUUAAAUUCGGUCACUCAUGACUGCCCAUUUCUCGUGAAAGCCUACGUGAGAAAGAAUUUCCUUCUUCGACUUGUUUCCACUUUCCAGACCCACAAAUCUCCCUCUCUCUCUCUCUCUCUCUCUUUCUCUCUGCUUUUCCUCUCUCUCUGUCCAUGGUGUAAGAAAAAGAAAAGCACCUGGACCGUGUGAAGCCUGUACCAAAACCUUGUACGCGGUACUCUUUUUCCUUCUCAUCUUUCAUUACUCUCGUUCAUUCAUUCCCAGCAGCCUUGCCUCUCUGGUAUUUUCUUUGUUUGUCUCUAAAAUCAUCUUCUUUUUUGAUAAAAGGAUUGGCAUUCCAUGCUCAACCCAUGUUACAUAAUGCGGGCCUUGCAUCUCUUUUGUUUGUUUCCUCUUGUUUUGGUUCUUGAAGCACUUCCUUUGAUAUGGGUCUGUGAGUUUUGGUCCUAAAUCUUGAUUGGUACACUUAUUCCUUGACUGUAAGGGAUUUGGUGUGCUCUGCAAUGCUCGUGUUUCAAGGAAUCUGAAAUCCGGUUUCUUGAAACGGUCGAGGGGGACACGGGGUUUUGGAUUUCUGGGAUUUUUUUUUUUUUAUCUGGUGAAUGCCUUCUAUGGUUCCCAGCAGGGUCUCUGAAUCCCUUUGUUGAAGUGGGUGAUACAAGCAGCAAGAAUAAAAAAAAUUGUGAGGAGGAAAAAGUGAUUGUAGAGAGAAGUGGGAUUCUAAAUAUUCUGGCCUUCUGAUCACUGUUUUGGAGUCUGGAGAAUAGAUUUUAAUUAUUUUACCAGUGCUGCCCCAGCAAAAGAAGGCAGCCCUACAAUGGCGAUUUUGUUCUUUUUCUUUGUUUUGCUAGCUGGGUUUCUAUCAAAAUCCCAGCUCGUGGGUGCUCAGCUCCAUGACCAAACUACAUUACUAGCCAUAAACAAAGAGCUCGGAGUACCUGGUUGGGGAAUCAACAACUCAGAUUACUGCUCUUGGCCCGGCAUUGGCUGCGGUUCGAACCUUUCAAUGGUGGAAAGGCUUGAUCUUUCUCGGCGCAACCUCCAAGGUAAUGCGACUCUAAUUUCUGAACUCAAAGCUUUGAAAUGGCUUGACCUUUCUAAUAAUGAUUUCCAUGGAUCAAUUCCUUGGGCUUUGGGAAAUUUAUCUGAGCUUGAAUUUCUUGAUUUGUCACUGAAUAAGUUUGGAGGUUCGGUUCCUAGAGAAUUGGGCAGUCUCAGAAACCUUAGAACAUUGAACCUUUCCAAUAACAUGCUUGUGGGAGAAAUACCAGAUGAGCUCCAGAGUCUAGAAAUGUUACAGGCUUUUCAAAUUUCUAGUAAUAAAUUGAGUGGUUCUAUCCCACUUUGGGUGGGAAAUUUGACCAAUCUGAGAAUUUUCGCAGCCUAUGAGAAUGAUUUAGGGGGUAGAAUUCCGGAUAAUCUGGGUUCAUUUUCUGAGCUUCAAUCCCUGAAUCUGCAUUCAAACCAGCUUGAAGGUCCGAUACCUAAGAGCAUUUUUGUUUUAGGAAAGCUGGAAGUUCUGGUGCUGACCCAGAACAAAUUAAGUGGUGAUCUUCCUGAAGAAAUUGGGAACUGCAAAGGCCUUUCUAGUGUCCGAAUAGGCAACAAUGAUCUUGAAGGCAUGAUUCCUAAAACAAUUGGAAAUAUUAGCAGCCUUACAUACUUUGAAGCCGAUAGCAACAAGCUUUCUGGUGAGAUUGUCCCGGAGUUUGCUCAAUGCUCUAAUCUCAGCCUCCUAAAUUUGGCCUCUAAUGGAUUUAGUGGAACUAUUCCUCCGGAGCUUGGACAGCUCAUGAGUCUGCAGGAGUUGAUUCUCUCUGGCAACAGUUUGUUCGGUGAUAUUCCGAAAUCGAUUCUCGGGUGCAAGAGUCUUAACAAGCUUGAUCUAAGCAAUAACAGAUUCAAUGGCACUAUACCAAAUGAAAUCUGCAACAUGUCGAGAUUGCAAUACUUGCUCUUGAAUCAGAAUUCAAUAAAAGGGGAGAUACCUCAUGAGAUUGGAAACUGUUUGAAACUGCUUGAGUUGCAGAUGGGUAGUAACUACUUAACUGGAACAAUACCUCCGGAGAUUGGUCAUAUAAAAAACUUACAGAUAGCAUUAAAUUUGAGCUUCAAUCAUCUCCAUGGGACAUUGCCCCUUGAGUUAGGGAAACUGGACAAGUUGGUUUCUUUGGACGUCUGUAACAAUCGGCUCUCUGGUAAUAUCCCAUCUGCUCUUAAGGGCAUGUUGAGCUUGAUAGAGGUUAAUUUCUCAAAUAAUCUGCUCACUGGACCAAUACCCAACUUUGUACCAUUCCAAAAGAGUCCAAAUUCAAGCUUUUUAGGAAACAAAGGGCUCUGUGGAGUGCCAUUGGCCUCUUCAUGUGGAGGCUCUAGUGGUUCUGAGCAUGAGAAUGACCAUCAUAAGGUCUCUUACAAGAUCAUACUAGCUGUUAUUGGUUCUGGUUUGGCAGUUUUUGUAUCAGUAACUGUAGUUGUUCUGCUGUUUAUGAUGAGAGAGAGACAAGAAAAAGCAGCCAAUGCCACAGGGGUUGAAGAUGACGUAGACAAUAACCGACCAACGAUAAUCGCUGGCAAUGUCUUUGUUGAAAAUCUUAGACAAGCAAUAGAUCUUGACGCUGUUGUAAAAGCGACUUUGAAGGAUUCGAAUAAACUCAUCAUUGGCACUUUCAGCACAAUUUACAAGGCAGUUAUGCCUUCCGGGCUGAUUCUAUCGGUGAAGAGACUUAAAUCCAUGGACCGGACUAUAAUUCAUCACCAGAAUAAGAUGAUUAGAGAGCUUGAAAGGCUGAGCAAACUCUGUCAUGAUAAUCUAGUGCGACCCAUUGGAUUUGUUAUCUAUGAAGAUGUUGCUCUUUUACUACACCAUUACUUACCCAAUGGGACAUUAGCCCAGCUUCUUCAUGAAUCUACCAAGCAACCUGAAUAUGAACCUGAUUGGCCCACACGACUUUCCAUUGCGGUAGGAGUGGCAGAAGGGUUGGCUUUCCUUCAUCAUGUGGCAAUUAUCCACCUUGAUAUUUCUUCAGGUAAUGUUCUUUUGGAUGCUGACUUCAAGCCUUUGCUUGGGGAGAUUGAGAUAUCAAAGCUCUUAGAUCCAUCCAGAGGCACCGCAAGUAUUAGUGCAGUUGCAGGCUCAUUUGGCUAUAUUCCACCAGAAUAUGCAUAUACAAUGCAAGUUACAGCACCAGGAAAUGUUUAUAGCUACGGUGUAGUUUUGCUUGAGAUCCUUACUACCCGACUACCAGUUGAUGAAGAGUUCGGUGAAGGGGUAGAUUUGGUGAAGUGGGUUCAUAGUGCUCCAGCAAGAGGGGAAACUCCAGAGCAGAUACUUGAUGCAAGGCUUAGUACAGUUUCUUUUGCUUGGAGGAAGGAAAUGCUUGCAGCCUUGAAGGUCGCAUUACUCUGCACUGACAGCACACCAGCAAAACGGCCAAAAAUGAAAAAGGUGGUGGAAAUGCUUCAAGAAAUAAAGCACAAAUGAUGGAUUAUUGUCAUGAGUUUUUAUGUAGGGAACCAAUAGGAUCAAGGCUCUGGAAACUGAUGAUAAAUCUUCAUAUCUUAAAGGAAUGGGAAUCAUGUUUUAAAUUUUCAGCUCAUUCCUGAUUUUAUCUUCCACAAAGGACGAGGUGUGGAGGUGGCAGUCCUUCUACAUUUGUUCAGGCUGGAUAGUUCUCUUGGAUCAUCUAUCUGCUUUUUCUGUAUCAAAGGGUUAUUGGGAAAUGGCAGCUUGUAAUCUGUUUUGAGUUGGAAAUGAAACUAGGUAGUGGGUCAAUGCAAGGAGAGUUAUCAAAGGAGACUGAGUUUCUGAAAGUCAAUUACAAUUUGCUAGUGAAGUUCUCUUA